GCAUCCUACGUCGACCUGGGCGAGGGCGAGACUUCCAGGGCUUCUUCGGCGGCUUCGGCUGGCGAGGGCGACGACGGCCAGGUGAAGAUCGUGGGUGAGGUCCCGGAGAAGAAGGGAGGGAAGGUUUCCAGUACUUACCCCCCGGUGUUCAAAGCUCGACCUCAGGAAAGUUACUUGGAGUGGAAGCGAAGUGCUGAGUUCUGGAUAGGUGGUGAAGGUGGGCAGCUUCCUCCCGAAUUGGUAGGACCUCGCAUGGUGGUGCAGCUGAAGGAGCGUGCCGGCCAGUUGGUGAAGCAUCUUGCCAACCACGAUGUCAACGGGCCCGAGGGCAAGGAGGUGAUCCUCAAGGCGCUGGAGCGAUCGCCUUUGAUCAAGCAGCUGGACAAACACAGGGUGGAUGAGCAUCGCCGCAGGCUCAUGCACUUGAACAGGGCCCCUGGUGAGUCGAUGGAGUCCUACGUGACAAGGGCGUCCAUGUACCGGACCCAUCUUUUGGGCUUGGACAGCAGCAUGGCCAUGGGUGAGGCCUUCUACGUCGGGCACCUAGUGGACCAUGCUCACUUGACCCGGCGGGACCGUGCCAUGGUCAAAACGAAAGCAGGCAGCGAGACGGACGAGUACCUGGUGACCAAUGCUCUCAUCGAGCUGGCCUGCGAGUUGGAGGGAGUGGCUUCUGCAACGAGGAGAAGUUCGCGGGAGAUUGGCGGCAAACAAGCUUCCGAGCUGGACAGCGAGACCGGCGCGGACUCGGAGGAGUAUGGCGAGGAGUCGCUCGAUGAGGAGGACUACCCGCCCGAGCUGGAGGCCGCCGUGAACGAGGCCUAUGGCAUCCAGUACCGGGCCAAGCAGAAGAUUGCAGAGGUCAAGAAGCUCCGGCAGUAUUAUCGCAAGCCCGAUCCCGAGGAGCGCAAGAAGGCCCUGGCGGAGCAGAUGAAGACCAACCCCUGCCACGCCUGCGGCCAAUUCGGACAUUGGUCUCGGGAGUGCCCGAACCGGGCCAACGGGACCUUGGGAGUGAACAAGGGCAAUGCCUCGGCGACUCCGGUGCUGGCAGUUCGCAGCGGCGGUGGCAGACUGGAGGCGAUUGACGAGAUCCCGGCGGGCGAGAGUGAGUGGGAUCUUCUGUUGUCCAUGUGCCGUUCUGGGUGGUGCCGAGUCUUUGAGGAGCGGGAGGCCUUUAAGUUCGGAGAUGGUGAGGUUUUGUGGAGCAGGUUCCGGGUGGAGUUCAUGGGCACUUUCGCUGGCAAAACGGUGGUCUACGGGUUCAGCGUUGUCGAAGGUUGCUGUCCUCCUCUGUUCUCCAGAUCGGGUUGCACUCAGAUUGGGGCCGUGAUAGAUUGUGAGCAUCAUUGUGUUAGCGCACGCAAGCUGGGCGUCAAGAGGUAUGGGGUAGGCCGGGACAGUGGACAUUACACCGUGCCAGUUGAUGAAUGUGAGCCUGGAUGUGCAGUGCUGCCUGGAGAUUAUUGCCUUCCUUCAGGUGCUGACAUUGCUGCGGUUGACCCUCAAGUUUUCAGUGCUCAGAUGUCAAGCCCCUUGACUGACCGCACCCUUUCGAAUCAUGUCCUCGGUGCCGUGGAUUCGGACGACGAGAUCUUCGUGAUGACGUAUUCGGCGGAGAUGGAACAGGACGGGGGCGAGGAAGUGAACCGCGCCAGGAAGAGUGCAGCCAAGACCCGGGAUCGGGGGCGGCGACCAGCCACGGCCCUGGAGACAAAGGCAUCCUCGUCGGCGGCAACUCCGGACAUUCCUGGCCUGACCCCCGAGGAAGCAGCGAUCAUCGGCAAGCGCCGCGAGAAGCAGGCAGCCAGCAAAGCCAAGGCCCAGGAGGUGAAAGCCUUGACCGGGUUGCGGGCAGAUUACCCUUCCCUCAGCAAUGCCUGGAGCUACGAGCUGGGCCUCAACAUCGCAGCAUCGACUACCAACAGGAUGAGAACUUGGUGCUGGAAGAAGUUGGUGUGGAUGGUACGCAUCAAGUACGCCAUCGAAAAGGAGGGCGAUCGGAGGUGGAAGAGGAACCCCCGCUGGCUGAACAUGAUGCUGGGGAAGGAAGUGGCGGCAUUGUUCGGCCAUUUCGGGCACCUCAACCGGGGCGAGAUCCAGAAGCUGAAGGUCGGGGUCAAGUCGGCCUUGGCUACCCUGAAGGUGUUCGACUGUGCCAACAAGGAUGAUGGCAAGUGGGUGUUGCUCGAGGUGUUUGCGGGCAAGGCGCGCUUGACCGAGCAGGCCAGACAACAUCCUCUGUGGACAGCCUUGGAGCCCAUUGAUGUGCUGAGUGGCUGGGACUUGCAAAAGGAGGGCAAGCGGAAGGAGCUGUUGGACCUGAUCGACAAGGAGGCGCCUGACUUGGUCACGCUAUCUCCACCGUGCGGGCCCUGGAGUUCAUGGACGCAGCUGUGUCAGGACAUUGAAGGGCUCUGGGAAAGGCGGCGCCAGCGCUUGCCUUUCUGGAAGCUGGCGGGGGAAGUGUGGCAGCGACAGUGUGAUGGAGGCCGGCUGGUGCUGUUGGAACAACCGGCUCGCUCUGAAGCCUUGAAGUUGCGCUACAUGACAUCCAGGGAGGAUGUAGUGAAGGCAGUGGUGGCUCAGUGCGCUUUUGGCCUCAAGGACCUCGAGAAUGGGAAGCCAUACGUGAAGCUGACCUCUCUGGAUGUGAACUGCUCUGUGAUGGCCGUCGGCUUCUGCACGGUGCUUAUUGCACACAUGGGCGGCCACUGCGUCAUUGAAGAGCCGCACGGUGCCACCUCCUACUUCUUCCUGGUCCUUGGUGGCUUCAACUUCUGGCAGCAGAUGGCCCAGAAUGCCACCACUGGGGAGCGCUAUGACUACGUGACCUUCGACGGCGAGGUGGCCCAGAUGUUCAUUCUGAGUGGGGCACAGAAUAACGUGGUGCAACUUGCUCGGCAGCUGCAAUGCCAGGUUUGUGCCAUGGUGCGACCGCCGGGAACCACGCCGCAGGUGGCCUACCAAAAGCCCAAGCAGUUCAAUGAGCGCAUCUCUGGAGACUCCUUCUAUGUGUGGGACGCCGCCAACAAGAAGUUCUUGGUGACCCACUCCAUCGACGGGCUCACAGACUACCACGUCGGAGACCUCACGGACACGGCGGCCUCCGGCUUUGCGAAGGAAGUGCUCCAGGACUUGUGGUGUGCAGUUUUUGGCCCGCCAGACCUCCUCAUUACCGCUGGUGGGCCGGAAUUCCAAGGUGCCAUCCAGACACUGAAUGACAUGUUUGCGGUGGUUCACGAGGUUGUCCCGGAGGGAGCAAAGUGGAGGCUGGGGCAGGUAGAACGGCAUGGAUCGGUCGCCAAGCUGAUGAUGAUGCGGAUGGUCAAGGAGAUGGACCUCAAGGGCCUGGAAGAGAUGAGGAGGGCAGCGUUGGCUGCCUUUGCCGCAAAAAACAGGACCUUUAAUCGCGGCGGAGUCUCUCCGUUGCAAGCUGUCACGGGGAGAAAUACCAUGCUCCCAAGCUCCUUGAUGGAACAGCUGGCGAGUGGCCGCGUCCGGUUCCGCUUCAAUGAGGAGUUGACCCACAAUGAUGCGCUUGCCCGGGCCGAAAGGAUCAGGGCUGGGGCGAUCUCAGCCUUUCAUUGGCUUGAUGCCCAUACUGCUUUACGCAAAGCGCUCGCAUCGCGGUCCCGACCACCGACCCUUGAGGCGAUCCAAGAGGGGACGACCGUGUACGUGUACGAGCCGCCGCCGUCUCGCCGGGGAUUAGCUCGACGCCUUCAAGACAAUUCGAGCUGGACAGGACCAGGGGUGGUGGUGUGCGUGGAGCGGGACAAUUCGGUGCCGCGGAGAUUGUGGAUCCGAAUUCGGGGCCGAGUCAAGGCCUUUCCCCUUGAGAAGGUUCGGUUGGCCACGCCAGACGAGAUGACGAGCUCGCAGUUCAUCACGGACGCCCUCAAGGAUGUGGAAGCCGAGCUCUCCAAGGGUAACGUGACCACGGAGGAAGCGACCGAAGCGGGACCGAGUGAUCCAACGGCUCAAAGUUCGGCUGGACCGUCGCAACCCAAGAGGCGGAAGGUCAUCGUCGACUUUGAGGAGCCGGAGGGUGACCACGAGACGGACACCAGCGAGCAGGAGUCCUCCGAUGACGAUGAGGAAGCGGAGGCCAAGGAGCGGCGGGCAAAGUUGUUGGAGGACGUCCCCUUCUCGGUGCAGCGAGCGCACUUUGGCGGAGAGACGCAAGCGCGAGGAAGAGGCGGCCAUGGACCCCCACGCCUUGGACUUCGCCAAGAAGCAGCGGAUGUUCGAGGCUUUGUCGAAGACGUUUGGGGCCCCGACCAAGUUACAAGAGGGGAGCUGCGGAACCGGAUGGAGCAAGCCUAUGCCAAGGUGUGUUCAGUUCGACGAGUCAUCCGACGCCAGGACAAGACCGACUCCAAGAAGGGUCGACAGGCCCGGGGCCAAGGUGGAAGCCGUGCAUCCCAGGCUGCGAGUGUGGAGGUUCUGGCUACGGCUGCGGAUGUGGCGAUCCCCUACUUCAAGCCGGGUGAGUUCGAGGCCUUGGUGAACGACACGAUCGGCCAGUGGACUUUGUGGUUCGGCUCAUCUCUGUGGUCUGGGGUCAAUGAGAUCUACGAGGUGAGUGCCACGCUCCACCGUGCCGAGAUGGAGGGCGUGACGGAGGUGGCCAUUGGGGUGUACCUUGAGCACAACGGCAUCAAGGGUGUUCCGAAGGGCCAAAUGGUGGAUCCAGCACGCGUGCUGGGGUCCCGUUUCGUCCUGACCACCAAGCUCUCCGAGGCCGAGUUGAAGGCGAGGUGGAUCUUCGGUGGACAUCGCGAUCCAGACGCUGGCCUCUACGACACGUCCUCCCCGACGGCGAGCAUCUUGGGGCAUAACCUCAUCAACUUCGUGGCGGUGCAGGAAAAAUGGGAGGUCCACUACGAGGACGUGAGUGCUGCAUUCCUCCAAGGGAAGGAGCUCCCCCGCAAGGAGAGGAUCUAUGUCAAGGUGCCGCGUGGAUAUCCUACGGAGGUGACGGACUUCCUGGCCUCCGAGCUCGGCGAGGACAUGCGUGACGACCUGGUGGAGUUGACCAAAGGAGGCUUUGGUUUGCCGGAAAGUCCGAGGCUUUGGUACCUGGAGUACAAGGACACCAUUCAGGACCUCGGCCUGCUGGAGAUGAGCUUGCUCCCCGGCGUCUUCAGAGCUUUUCAUCCGCCUCCCCGCCGUCGCGUUCGAGCUCUGGCAAGCAUUCAUGUCGAUGACACCAGGUACGCUGGCGAUGACACUGCGAAGGAGAUCUGGGAUCAACGACAGGCACGGCUCAAGUUUGGGAAGCAGCGCAAGGCCACGGAGGGUUGGGUCAAGUUUUGUGGCCGUUGGGAGCGACAAGACCCCAAUACUAUGGAGAUGGAGUACUCAAUGGAGGCGUACACCAAAGACAUCCCUUUGGCUC